AUGAUGAAAGGCCUGGAAAUUAUGAAGCCCUAUCAGGAGAGAGCCGGGCGCCCCUCAACCGGAGCCAGGCGCCGCGGCUUCCCCUCGGGGCAGCUUUUCUGCCGGAGGGCGGCCAGCUGUGAGCCGCUGGAGGAGGGCGCCUGCCUGGGCUCGCCUCUGCCCUACGCCGCCACCGCCACCCUCCUGGCCGGGGACUCGGCUUCCCAGGCCCAGGCCCCCACAAACCUCCUCCUCUGGUCCGGUCUGCGGAAUGCCCCCCGUUGCUGGGACGUAAUCCAGCCCCUCCUUUGUGCCGUGUAUAUGCCAAAGUGUGAGGAUGGCAUGGUGGAGCUGCCCAGCCAGACCUUGUGCCAAGCCACACGUGGACCUUGCACCAUCGUGGAACGGGAACGGGGCUGGCCAGACUUCCUCAAGUGCACCACGGACCAAUUCCCCGAAGGCUGCCCGAAUGAGGUCCAGAACAUCAAAUUCAACAACUCAGGGCAGUGCGAAGCUCCCCUGGUGCGGACAGACAACCCCAAGAGCUGGUACGAGGACGUCGAAGGCUGCGGUAUUCAGUGCCAGAACCCGCUGUUCACCGACACGGAGCACCGCGAAAUGCAUGUCUACAUUGCCGCCUUCAGCUCCGUCACAAUCUUCUGCACUUUCUUUACUUUGGCCACCUUCAUUGCCGACUGGAAGAACUCAAACCGCUACCCAGCCGUCAUCCUCUUCUAUGUCAAUGCCUGCUUCUUCAUGGGCAGCAUUGGUUGGUUGGCCCAGUUUAUGGACGGAGCACGCCUGGAGAUUGUGUGCCGUGCCGAUGGAACUAUGCGCCUGGGGGAGCCCACCUCCAAUGAGACCCUUUCCUGCGUCAUCAUCUUUGUCAUCGUCUACUAUUCCUUGAUGUCGGGCGUGAUCUGGUUCGUCAUGCUGACCUAUGCCUGGCACACAUCCUUCAAGGCUCUGGGUACCACUUAUCAGCCGCUGGUGGGCAAGACCUCCUACUUCCACCUGGUGACCUGGUCCAUUCCAUUUGUCCUCACGGUCGCUAUUUUGGCUGUUGCCCAGGUGGAUGGAGACUCAGUCAGUGGCAUCUGCUUUGUUGGAUACAAGAACUAUCGGUACCGAGCUGGGUUUGUCCUGGCUCCCAUUGGCCUGGUGUUGAUCAUCGGGGGCUAUUUUUUGAUCCGAGGCGUGAUGACCCUUUUUUCCAUUAAAAGUAACCACCCAGGCCUGUUGAGUGAGAAGGCGGCCAGCAAAAUCAAUGAGACCAUGCUACGUCUUGGCAUCUUUGGCUUCCUGGCUUUUGGGUUCGUGUUCAUCACAUUUGGUUGCCAUUUCUAUGACUUCUUCAACCAGGCGGAGUGGGAACGCAGCUUCCGGGAACAUGUCCUGUGCGAGGCCAAUGUGACGAUUGCUACAGAGACCAAAAAGCCAAUCCCUGAUUGUGAGAUCAAAAACCGACCCAGUCUCUUAGUAGGAAAGAUCAACCUCUUUGCCAUGUUUGGAACUGGCAUAUCAAUGAGCACCUGGGUGUGGACCAAAGCCACCUUGCUCAUCUGGAAGCGGACCUGGUGCAGGCUGACCGGUCAAAGCAGCAACGAGCCCAAGAGGAUCAAGAAAAGCAAGAUGAUUGCCAAGGCCUUCUCCAAGAGGAAGGAACUGCAGAACAACCCCAACCAGGAGCUCUCCUUCAGCUUGCGCACUGUCUCACAUGAAGGUCCAGUAGCUGGUUUGGCUUUUGAUAUUAAUGAGCCGUCCGGAGACGUCUCCUCUGCUUGGGCGCAAAAUGUCACCAAGAUGGUUGCCAGAAGAGGCGCCAUCUUGUCACAGGAUGUCUCUGUCACACCUGUCGCGACACCUGUGCCCCCUGAAGAGCGUGCCAGCUUGUGGCUGGUGGAGGGCGAAUUCUCCCCCAGACGAGAGAAGAAACUGAGUCGCAAGAAGAAGAAGCGGCGGAAGAAGAAGGAGGUAUCUCCUGCACAGCCGGUGGGCGAUGUCUGUGGCAUGAACUACUUCUCCCCGCAAGGCGUGAGCUCUGUCCCGCGCCUGCCUCAGCUCCCUAAGGCCAAAUGUUUUGUCUCCAGUCCACGGGAUUUGCAUGCUCUGAAUGAGGUCCUUGCACCCAGAGCCCACCCUGAGUGGAUGCCGGGCUCUUGGCAGAAGCAGGAGAAAGAGGGAGAGGAUCCCUUUUCCAGAGGAACCCGAGUGCAACCUAAUAGUUACCGACGGAAUAGCACCCUAAAUCCCAUCAGCCACCCCUUUUGCCCUGACAAUGCCCUUCCAGAUGAGGUGGGAUCGGAUAGCGGUGCUUGGUUGUUCCCUGGACAUCGGCAGCCACUUCACCGGGGUCCACUUCCCCAGCAUCCCUCGACCCGGAGCCCAGCCUUGGCCUCCUGGUUCCACAGCAAUGUCCCCUAUCGGGGGCAGCAGGCUCAAGGAAUGAGAGGGGCAUUGCCCCCUAUCCACUCCAGGACAAAUCUCAUGGAUGCUGAGCUGCUGGACCUGGAUUCUGACUUCUAGGAUGUGGGGAGCAACUCUGGAGCCCUGACGGGGUGUACUCCUGCCGUUUAGCUUGGUUGUAGAUCAGCCGCGCAGCUGUUAUUGUUGAUGUUUGUUUGAAAAGGAUGUUGGAUGUUGAUCAGAGGUGGCAAGUGGCUUUGACAGUCAGUAGGGGGCGGUGAAUUUGUUCCGGCUUACAGCCUGAACUUUAAUGGAGCUAUUCAACCGAAAAUAUAUUUUGCACCUCAACUCAAACUCAGAGCAGAUUCACACAAACAGAGAUUAACACCUGACACAGAAGCUAUGAGACACUGCUGCUUGAUUUGCCCAUCCUCUAAAGCAUCCUCAGACUUUGGCUUGAGUUACACAGUGGAUUUUCCCAAUUGAGAUUAGUUUCUUUUUCAGAGACUUCAGAGCUUUUGCCUGGCAGUGGCUGGCUGUUUUUUCGCUAAUCGACUGAAGCCAGGUCCUCAGUUUUUCCUUUUGGGAUCCUGUCUUUCUUUCCUCCCUGAAAGGAGCUUUCUCUGGACUGUGAUAUAUUGUCCUUGAGGUGUGGGAGAGAGCCUUUUGCAUUUAGGAUGAAAAGGUGGGAAGAUAGGGAAUCUUCUUUUCUCUAGCGGAGUGGUGUGUGGCGGGUCUUUUAAGGGUUUUUAGUUACAUAGCGUAAAUUCACUCUGUUGUAGCUAUAGCAAAGUUGUUACGCUAUGGCAUAUUUGUACACCAGAAUUUUGCUAUGACAAAUUGUACGCCAGAAUUAUGGUAUGGUGGAUUUGUGCUGGAGCUAUGCUGUGGCACUGUUGAAUGCCGGAACUGCUCUAUGGAGUGGCACAAUUGUAUGGUGGAGUUACACUACAGCACAGUUGUACUCGGGAGUCACAUUGUGCUAGAAUAGCUCUGGAGUUACUUUAUGGUGCAAUUACAUUCUGGUGUUCAACAGUGGUGCUGUUGAAUGCCAGAGUUAUGCCAUGGAAUGGUUGCACUGGAGUUGUGCUAUUGUGCAGUUAUGCUACAGUGCAGUUGUAUGGUGGAAUUAACACUGUGGUGCCAUUGUACUAAACGGCACUCUUGUCCAGCCGCAGUGUCUUCCAUUGAUCUGUUGCACUGUGUUUUUCCGGCUGAUCCGGGAUACCACAAUUGCGUGACCUCAUAGAAAAUACAGUCAGUAUUUUUGCCAGUAUAAGUCACAAACAGGCUUCCAGCCCCAAACCUCCCAGAAUAUUUAUUGCUUCAAAGGAUUGAGGAUAAUAUUUCUGUGUAAAAAAUGCUGUUUCCUGCUCAGAAAAUAGUUUCCUAUGCUAAAAAAGGUGAGUUUUGCAGAAUAAGUCCCAAACUGCCAAGAUUCUUAUCUGUCCAGGAUUCUUCUUCACAGAGUUUCCCAACACUUGAGAAACACAUUUUUGAGUAUUUUUGAGUAUUUUCCAAUAUACUAUCCCUAGAAUGUGCACAGAUUUUUUUUACUUUUAAUGAUGACAGGGUUUAGACUUCUUAUAAGAAAUCAUUAUGAAAAGAGAAAAGAUUCCAACCUGAAGUUCCUUUGCUAAGGAAUGCUCUCUCUUGACCUGUGUUUGUUUGUUUGCUUAAAAAAGAAAGUUUUAAAAAAUGUUGGUUUCAAAAGGGCCUCAAAAACCUAAAAUUCCAUUCUAGAGAAAGCUCCAGAUAAAAAGCACCAAAGAGGCCUGUUUAAGGGUUGGAAAAUGUCUGUCUGGGUUUAUUUGGUCUCCCACAUGAAAAGUAAUGCUCAAAUAAAUGUCCAACUCCAGGAGAGUGGUUCUCAAAUGCUGAUUCUCCAGGCUUUUGCACUUCAACUCUCAGAGGCCCCAGCUAGCUUGCUAAGUGGCCAGGGAUUCUGGGAGUUGUAGUCAAAACGCUUGGAGGACGAAAGGUUGAGAACCAGUGUCCUAGAACAGUGCUUCUUUUAUUAAAAAAGUGGCGGUCCAUGGACCCCUGCUAGUCUGCAGACUGCUGCGCUGCCAGUCUUCAGUUUCCAAGCAAGAAGGAAAUAGUACUAGCCGCUGGGCAUGCAUAUGGUGCCAAUCCCUGGUAUAUUGAGAAAGAAAUAUUGGUGGUCCUCCCCAUUGCAGAGCUGGAGAAGCACUGGCCUAAACAAUGCUAUUUAAAAACAAAACAAAACUUGUCAGUAGUGCUCCUUACUUGUAUGCACUGAAAGCAUAUGAACAUGGGAAGAGCCAUGUUGGACCAGACCAACGGCUUAUCUAGUCCUGUUCUUACAAUGAUCAGUCAGCCACCUUUGUAGCUUGUAAACAGUAAAAUCAAUCCCAGUUGUAAAUGCAGUAUUUAAUUAUAGUUGGACCUUCAUAUCCACAGGGGAUCUGUUUCGGGACCCCCCCAGGGAUAUGAAAAAAUGCGGGACCUGAAGUUCCGUUGUCACAAAUAGCGGCGCAACAAGCGUUCAGUUGCUUUGCAUCUGCAAAGGCUCAGAUCCGUGGAUGGCAAUCCCAUGGAUAGCAAGGUCUGACUGUACUUCUUUGCUCCUGUUUCUCAUUCAUGAUUUUGUCAAAAUGUGGAAGUUUUUUGCUGGCUGCGAUCUGCAGGUCUCCUGUGGAUUCAUGCAAUUCCUAGAUUUUGCCUUGACUGACAAAAGCGAACUGAACCUAGACUCACAUAUCUUUGUUGCACCUCCUGAAACUGCGCCUCGCACCCUCUGUGGGUAUGGGCACCCCAGAUUGGGAAUCCUUGGUCUGGAAAGAGGCUUGCAGGGAAGACAUGGUUUGUGUUAACCCACCAAGGUAGUAAGUCAUUAUUAUUAUUAUGUCUGUUUUACAAAUGAGGGUCAAGGUUUGAGGCUGAGAUCAGAGAGUCUUUCCUGAGACCAUCAAGAUGACAUUUUGAACUGUGUGAUUUUUCCACCUGGUGCUACACCAGGUACAUAUCUUCCAAUUGCCCAGGGCUGCAUCCACAAUGGAGAAAUAACCUGGUUUGGCUCCACUUUAACAGCCCUGGCUCAAGGCUAUGGGAUUCUGGGAGUUGGAGUUUGUUGUGGGGCCCAGAGCAGAAAUGCUAGGGUUGGGGAGGAUUAAAAAUGUUGUAGCAAACUGCAGUUUCCUGUUGCAAAACUGUUUAGGCAAACCAUUGUCCUCCAUGUUGUUGUGUGGCUUCCAAGUUGUUGCAACCCUAAGGCCUCAGCAAGAUUUAUUCAGAGGAGAUUUGCCAUUGUCCUUCUCCUCUUUAGCUCACUCAGGAAGUUUCCAUGACUGAGUGGGGAUUCAAACCCGGGUCUCUAGAAUCCUAGUCCAGUACUCCAACCACUAAAAUAUAUUGCCUCUCUUAUUUGGACUAGACUCAUUGAAUCAUAGAAUUGAAAGAGACCACAUAUUCCUGUCCUGGUUGAUCCCGAUAGUUGUCUGAACAAGUAACCAUCUGAAUUCUGGUGAAGGGUUGACUUUCUGAAGUAUCUCAGUGCAUGUCAAGGAUAAAUAAUAAUAAUAAUAAUAAUAAAAUUUUUAUUUAUAUACCGCCCUUCUAUAAAACCAGGGCGGUGUACAACAUUCAUAAAUUACAUUAAAAAACACCCCAUAUACAUACAACAUAUCCAUUAGAACCAUUCCAGCCAGCUUGCCACUGCUGACGUAGUGAGGAGAGGGAGAAGUUAGUCGGGGCUUGCAUCAGGGAAAGCUUGUUUAAAUAAAAAGGUCUUCAGCCCCUGUUUGAACUGGGCCAGGGAGGUGGCCGAGCGGAGCUCAAUGGGCAGGGAGUUCCAGAGGGUAGGGGUCGAGAUGGUGAAAGUCCUCUUAGAGGUAGAGACUAAUCUAGCCCCUGGAUGUGAGUCAUCUGAUUUCUUUACAGGGAGAUUGUUAAGCAAAGUGUGUGUGUGUGUGUGUGUAUAAUUCUGGCAUCUUGGAAAAGGGGGGCAAAUCCAGCAGAGGAGAUGGAGAUGUACAGGCAAAAGUCCAGACAUUUUCCUUUUUCUGGUGUUGGUCAGCAAAGCAAUGGCAGGGUGGCCCUAUUACACUACACAUUUAUACCACAAUGAUUCCAUGAUAGCUGCCAUGGCAACAUCCAAUCGUACCCUGGGAUUUGCAGUUUAGGGAGAGGUGCUAAGGAUUCCCAGACAGAGAGCUCUAGUGCAGCUCCAAAAUCCAAGCCUGAAGAUACAGUGGUUCCCAACCUUUGGAGAGCCAGCAAGGCUCAGUGGUUUUAGUGUUAAACCAGGGUUCAAUUGCUAGCUUGGCCAUGAAACCCAUUGGGUGACCUUGGGCAAGUCACACUCUCAACUCCAGGGGAAGGCAAUGGCAAACCUCCUCUGAAUGUGAAGUCGAAGGCUUUCAUG